GAUGUCAGUGUGAGAGAGUUUGGCUGUGUGGGUUCGCCCACACGCCUCAAAGUGUCGGGCUAACGUUCGGCAAAGCGCAGGUCGCCUCCCAUCCAGGCGGUAGCAGCACACCAGCACACAGUGUGUCUCCAGCACACGCGAGCUGAGCACACAGUCUGAGCUCCACAACAGCCAGACCCAGCAGGUCCGAGUGAGCGCACUCACUGACAGCAACGACUCACACUGAGCAAUCGGUGUGAGCGCAUUCCCUGAGACUCCUCUGCCUCCAGGAUUAUAUUACACUGUACCCCCGCGCCCUGCAACAAAGAGACUCUAAUCCCAAAGGUGAUUUAAACCUCGAGAAAUUGGUUGGAUUGACUGCAGAAGGGGAAAAAAGAAGCCAGGAAUAAAAGUGCGCCGAUACACCCAUCCUUCGAGUUUUUAAAGUCUUGCGUUUUGUCGCAGCCUUCUUCAAUUCGGUGUCAUUCGAACAUUCCAAUUUUAAUUCCAAUUCCUGAGAGCGAGUCGUGUAUGUAAAUGAUGAGCAACAGUGGUCCUAGCAACGAUCCCUGUGAAAUAUCACUUCAUACCUUCGGCCAGACUAGCUCUGCCAAGAUGCCCAAGCAGAUGGAGGUGCGGAUGGAUGAAUGUGCCCUGGCUCCCGAGAAACCGGUCAGCAAGCUCCCUUUGUGGAAACGGCUGGGAAAGAAACUGAUGAAGAACCUGCUACUGACCCUCACGGUGUUUGGCGUGAUAUUUGGAGCAUUAUGUGGAGGGUUGCUCCGAUAUGCAUCUCCCAUCCACCCCAAUAUUGUCAUGAUCAUAGCGUUCCCAGGUGAUAUCCUCAUGCGGAUGUUGAAGAUGUUGAUUCUUCCUUUGAUCAUCUCCAGUUUAAUCACAGGCUUAUCUGGACUCGAUGCUAAGGCCAGUGGGCGCCUGGGAACCAGAGCCAUGGUGUACUAUAUGACUACCACUAUCAUCGCUGCAAUACUCGGUGUGAUCCUGGUACUCGCCAUACAUCCGGGCAACCCUGCGCUGAGAAAGCAGCUUGGAGAAGGGAAGAAGAAUGAUGAAGUGUCGAGCCUGGAUGCCUUCCUGGAUCUCAUCCGGAAUCUCUUCCCUGAAAAUUUGGUGCAGGCUUGUUUUCAGCAGAUACAAACAGUGACUAAGAAGGUGGAGAAUCGUCCUGAAGCUAGGACUAUUUCCAACCUGACUGGGCUCCUGCUGGAAGCAGCAAAUGAAACUCUGGCAGAGUCGGAGGGGCCCAGUUUCACUGUAACAAAGACCUUACAGUUCAAGGAUGGCAUGAAUGUUUUGGGUCUAAUUGGAUUUUUUAUUGCCUUUGGCAUCGCGAUGGGGAAAAUGGGGGAGAGGGCGAGGCUGAUGGUAGAAUUCUUCAACAUCCUCAAUGAGAUUGUCAUGAAGCUGGUGAUAAUGAUCAUGUGGUAUUCGCCCUUCGGUAUCGCCUGUCUAAUCUGUGGAAAGAUUGUGGCCAUUAAAGACUUGGAGGUCGUCGCUAGGCAACUGGGCAUGUACAUGGUGACUGUCAUCACAGGGCUCAUCAUCCACGGAGGCAUCAUCUUGCCUCUGAUAUAUUUUGUGGUGACAAGAAAAAAUCCUUUCUUAUUCUUAGCAGGCAUCUUCCAGGCCUGGAUCACCGCCUUAGGAACUGCAUCCAGUGCUGGCACUCUGCCAGUUACCUUCCGCUGCCUGGAGGAGAAUCUGGGAAUUGACAAGCGAGUGACCCGCUUUGUCCUUCCUGUUGGAGCGACCAUCAACAUGGAUGGGACCGCACUCUAUGAGGCUGUGGCUGCUAUAUUCAUCGCCCAGAUGAACAAUAUUCACUUGGAUGCUGGACAGAUAGUGACCGUGAGUUUGACAGCGACACUGGCCAGUAUUGGAGCUGCAAGUAUACCCAGUGCCGGCCUGGUCACCAUGCUGUUGAUUCUCACUGCUGUUGGCCUUCCCACACAAGACAUCAGCCUCCUUGUAGCUGUUGACUGGCUCCUAGACCGGAUGAGGACCUCUGUGAAUGUCGUUGGUGACUCUUUUGGAGCUGGCAUCGUCUUCCACCUAUCGAGGGAGGAGCUGGCAAAUAUCGAUGCCCAACAUGCCCGGCUGGAAGAGGAGCGGUUGCUGAAGGCUGUCGUAUUGCACGAUGGCACAAAGGCCUACCAGGAGAAUAACUCGAACCCUGGCAAUUACUCAGGCAACAACACAGUGGAAGAAAAGGAUGGCAAGGUGACCAAGGCCAAAAAUGGCACAGCUGCUGACUACACAAUUGUUGAGGAGGAACCAUGGGACCACGAAAGCUGAGGGGACAGAGAGAGAGAGAGAGAAAGAGAGACACCCAGUCCUAUCACCCAUGAGCCCCCUCUCCCUCCCGAAACUCUGCUGAGGUUGUUCAUCCGACAGGAAACAAAAUGAUAACAUGUCAAAAUCCUUUUCCUUUCUCGUUCUUUUCAUCUAAAUGUGGUUGUUUUAGCUUAAGGUCCAAAUAGUGAAUACUGGAGCUGGUAAAGGGGAUUCUGUUUGGCUUUUUCCAGUAACUGUGUAUUAGUACUUUUCAGAUUUCCAAACGGUGGAGUGGGACUGAGGUGGGCAGCCCAGUGGGUACAACCAAAUUCAGCACAAGUGCAAAGGUCACAGUUGCUCCACAUGCAAACCCAUCAUCCCACUCACCCCGCCCUCAGCCUUUGACCUGAUGGAGAAUUGUUUGUGCCAUUCAGUUUAUUGCUCACAUUGUACAGCAGCUUAAUUGAAUUUCCAUCGCUGCACAGCCAGGGCUUUUGAGGUUCCCGGUGUGCCACGGUGGAUUUUGCCAGCCGUACAGUUAGCAUUACCGUCAAGCACAUGUCAUCGACCCACCUUCUCAGGAUUGGCCAUUCUCAGGGAUGUGAUCCGGCUUUAUGCUCGCUCCACUGCCGUUUAGUAAAACCCACAAGUGCUUUAGUCCAGUGACGAUACCACGUUCUCGCCCUCGUCCCACCUUCCUUGAAGUCAAAAGUGUGGAUCCUGCGAGGUGGGUCCACGGUCAUGUAACGCACAGCAUUCUUGGAAAUGGGCAACAUUAGCCACUAAGCUAGGCCCGAGGAGGCACCCUUCGGUACAGGGUUUCCCCAGUUUGUCAGUGAGGUGUUAAGGAGAUUGAGCUAUCACAGAUGGUGCUGAGCCCAUUCCAGAAGGCUGUGGACCAAUUCUCUGAACUUUCCACAUCAGAAUAUCUUCUUCCUUCAGGGACCAGCAGGAAUUGAAUUAAACAUUCCAGUGUGUGCGAGGGGUAAGCAAUAAGGUUGUUCCUGUCUUGAGCCUUUCAAAAGCCUUCCUCUGCACCAGAACUUGAAUUACUAUCCUGACUCACUCCCAUACUUCAAGAAUCCUGCGAGCAAAACCCAGACACCAGGUUGAUGGGCCUGACCGGGUGGUGGCAAGGUGGAUUUGUGCUACAGCUGGUGUUUAAAACCCCUCACACUCUAUCUACCCUUGUCCCAGCUUAACGCACCAGCAUAGCUCCCCUCAGAAAGGGAGGAAAGGGCGUCACCUUGUACUGCACCAGUGAGAUCAGAGAUCCCUUGUCAUUAAUGACACUUAUGUUCAGAACAGUUUUGAGAUAGUAUUAGGGUUCAGAGUUCCCCUUAAGUUUGAGCAAACUCUUCUAGUAUCAGUGAAAUGUAUAAAGUGAGCCGGAAGCCUUGAUACCUGCCCUUAGAUAAAACAGUGCCUCCUGCAGGAGUAAGAAUGUAUUGAGCCAAUAUGAAUGACACAUCAAAUACAGUAAAUGUAGGAAACUGAUAUUCUAUUCAGACACAUUGCCUGGUUGGACUAUGUGCAGUUAUUUGUUGUUUGAACACUGAAUGCACUGCAAUCCUGAUCAGCUAAGGAUGGAGUUCCCUUACUAGCCAGAGAUGGACAGGGUAGGUGAACCUUCGCCCCCCAGCCCACUCAAGCCCAGAAGUCCUUGGCAUAGCACAGCAACUAAUGUGAGAAAAACUGGCUUCUGACCCAAUCGAUGGUUAAGAUGCCAUUGUAAAUGGUUUCUGGUGAAGCGUAUCCAUCUGCUACUGGCGAAAAGGACAUUAAUUAAAUAUUGUCACUGCACAAUCUCCUCCCCAGACUCUGUCUUUGAUCUUAGCACAAUGGACAAGCACAAUUUUAUGAUGAACUUAACUGCAAACUUCACGACAGUGCCAUGCGAUGCCAGUGACCUGAGGAGUGGGAGGGAGCUCUUUGCCCAGGAACUAGUGAGGGAGGGUGCAUCUCUCUGGAAUGUCUUGCCCUAGUAUCUUUGUCAAUAGUAAUGUAAGGAUCCCAUAGCCCAUCACACCCUGUCCUGGUUAAACUGAAAGGUACCCAUAUGCACUGGAUUGUGAUUUUAAAAACAAAACAGUGUUGUUCUUUUCAUGCGACAGGUAAGAAUAGAUUGCAAGUCUAUGCAAUCAAAGUUAAAACCCUCCAUUGAGAGAUUUCACAGGUGAAUCAAGUCAUUGGAAUAAGUUGCCAGGUAUCAAUCCUUGAUGCAAUGACUUUUUAAGGAUCCAGUUGGUUCACUGUUGUUUGGUGUUAACUGUUUUUUUUUAACUUUCUUGGAAUAUCUCCUUGAGCUGUUGUAUUACUGUGGACUGUUAUUAAAUUGUGUACUCUCGUGUCUAAUAUAAACCUUGCAUGAUGUGUACUGCUCAUACCACUAUGAAACAAAUGGGCAACAAUGGGUGUUAAUUGUUCUUACUUUUUGACAUAACUUUUAUAACGCACAUGUAACCUCGUAACAUCAGCUUUCCAAAUCCCAAAAAGAGCUUUCUCUGCUUUUUGACAGCUAGAGUUUUUUUUUUGUGUGGUUUCAAACUGAUGACAGGCUGAGAAAAUGCAAUGCACUGACGAGUCAGAGGGUAUGUGGUUUGGGAAAUGAUUCGAAUGACUGCUGAUUGGAAUUUGAGCAAAUUCGAUACCAUGAGCUGACAGCAGGUGUCAUUUUCACAGCCCCAUUUUCAGUGAUUUAAAAAUCCCACCUCUGUCAGCAAUUUGUGUGUGAUACAGAUGCCACACAAGCCAUGGGUGAGUAGGCUCGUUCCAGCUAUUAGCUGACCAGCAGCUGGUAAAGGUGCCUGAUGGUUACUGGUGUAGUCUGGCCAGGAAUAUGUUGAUGUCAGUCCUCUCUUUGCAGGAGAGAAAAGAUCGGAUAAUCCAGCUACCUGGGUUAAACCUGGCAAGGACACAAAGCACUCAGGGAAACCAUCCACUCUGAGGUACUGUGCUCCUACACCUCACUGGUGUCCCGCUGAUUUAUGGAAAUGUGUUUGACAAGGUUGUGUGCAAAACUGGUCGAGUGGGCACUGGGAUCACAGAGCUUCAGGAUUUUAAACAGCACGCAUACACAGACACACACACACAGACACGCAUGCACACAGACAUGCGCACACAGACACGCAUGCACACAGACACACAUGCACGCAGAGACACACACACACAAAGCUAGCUCACUCUUUUGCCUUUCCCAUCAUGAAGAAAAAAAACCCAGCAAGUUUCCACCUAAAGAGUCAAUUCUGCAGCAAAGUGUCCGGCUGGAGGGACAGAGUUAUUGUUUGGUUUGAACUUAGUGACCUUCACAGACAGUAAGGAUGUGUCUUCCCCUCAUCAUCUUUGCCAAAUAAAUAUGAGGCUCUUGGCUCUAAAGGCCUGGACUUUUCUAAGGACUGUGUGUGAGUGAUAAAGCUCAAAAAGCUGCUUUGUGGCAAUUUGCAUAGCAAUGGACUUCAGGAUACCUAUAUCCAUCUUGUGUCAACAGCUGUUUUAAAAUAAACCUGACUUGCAAUGCUAUUAGAUGCGAUCAGAUGCUUUGAUGCAAUGAGAUGGCCCAGUGAGGCAUUCCUGUUCAAUGUAGCCUCAAAGGCUGGUCAUUCAGGUACACCCUCCUGUGGCCCUGGUUGAUUUGAGCCUCUGUACUGCAGUGACCACUCUUGUUAAACCAAGAUAGAUAGAUCAGUGUGAAAAGUGUUGGUAGGAGGUUGUCCAAGACUCUUUCUGUCUUUCAUCAACCCCCUGCUUACUCCAAAUGUUUAAUGGAGGACCAUCCAUCCUGCCGUAUCCCAAUCCCUUCACAAAAGAUACAUUUAAGCUUUCGGUCAUGCUAUGGUAAAGAAAUCACAAUCAGAAUCUCACAGAUCAGCGUUGCUGUCCCACCUGAUUCUGGGAGGUGACAGUGUAGGAUUCAAUGGUUGAGGAACAACUCAGCCUGUUUGAUAUGGUGUGCCAUGUGGAGUCAGACUGGCUUUCAAUGUCCCUUGGGAGAGAUGGGGCACUCCACAGUCUCAAGAUCACCCGAAGUGUUUGCACGACACCAGGUCUUGGUUGACACAUAUUCCUGAAGGUUUCAUCACCACCUCCUACACCCACCAUGUUCCCACCAGCUAAUGUCAACUUGUUCCCACGUAUUUAUCUUGGGAAUGUCAGAGGACCCACUCCUCAAGGAAACCAAACUGCUUAUCCGACUGGAUGGUUCCUGCUUGUUGAUCACAUUGUCCUUUUUCACCCCAACUCCUCUCAAAACCUACGCCUCCUUGAACUAUCAUCACCUCAAUGUUAAAAGACAACACUUGGAUUUUCCUUCUAUACUUAGGGGGCACCACGUCCCAUCCCCCAAUGGUUUUUCUUCUGGCAUUUGUCUUGGAGACCAGAGACUUGUCUGCUGGAAGAGUUACCAUUCCAUGCCUCUGGGUGACAAACUGGGCACGCAGGGUGACACAGUGACCUCCCACACAACAGGAAAUACGAUCAAAUCCCUGCUCAGAGCCAUCACGUUCCAGCAGUGGGCUACACGUCUGCUGGUCAAUGCACAAAUUUCAUUCUUUUCUCUUUCAAACCAGUAGCUGCUGCAUCGACACGGAUGGUUGAGGAAAGCGAGAGGGCUUUAAUGGACAAAGUAGCUGUCCUGAUGUAUUUUCACCUUCUUUGAGGAGUGAGCUCUCUUUGAUUUGGUGAUUUUUGUUGGGAAAUGGGAGUUCAGGGGGUGUAUUCUCCUUGCAAUUCUUCCUGUCCACCUGUGCAGUGUAAAUAUUCCCGACUCUGUUUGAUGGCAUAUGUUUGUGUGUAGCCGUCUGGUUCAGUUGGACAGCCAGGCAAUUUGUCACGUUAAAAUUGGUGUGUAACCGUGGUUGGUGUUGUCCAGGUACGUGACAUUUACCAGUGAGCCGGGUGCUUUCAGAGGAAGUCAGCCCAAAUAUAUAUAUUUGUAUAUGUAUGCAAAUAUAUACGCAUACACACAUAGGCAUGCACCCACAUACAGGCACAAAUACACACAUACAUAUUCACAGACAUACACAUAGAUAUAUACACACAUCGAUCGCAAGCUUUUCCUCUCCCUAAGGCAGUGAGGAAAAUGCAGGAGGGGUAAACAAUUCAGUAAGUUGGCCCGGGAGAGAUACACGGUCCCUUCUCAGCACUUCAGCAAUUUGAUUCUGGGCAAGAAGGACCAUGAACGAUACAUUACCGAUUAAAUUAAUGACCACUUAAAAACCUCACCUGACAUUAGCACGCUCCCCCCCCCCCCAACCUCCCAGCAAGUAGCUAUUUUCUGAUGUACCUACUGGGCUGGGAGGCACCCUCUAUUUGCACCAAUACAUGACAGUCAGGGACUGGAAAAGGGAACAAGGGGUUGGCACUGAGAGACACCCUCCUGUCCUUGCCUCCAGUCUUUGCUUCCCCAUUCCUUGGUAGUAAUAUCAGUGUUACAGUGAACACAUCCAGGGUAAAUAUGGUAAUAUCAGCAUUACAGUAAAUACUGCCAGGAUAAAUACAGUAAUAUCAGUGUUACAGUAAAUACAAUCAAGUGAGUAUCGUAAUAUUGGAGUUAAAGUAAACAUUACUGGGGAAAAUUUGGUAACAUCGGUGUUACAUUAAACAUCCUCCAGGCAAAUACAAUAAUAUCAGAGUGACAGUAAAUAAUCCCAGGGUAAAUACAGUAAUAUCGGUGUUACAUUAAACAUCCUCCAGGUAAAUACGGUAAUAUCAGAGUGACAGUAAAUACUGCCAGGGUAAAUACGGUAAUAUCGGUGUUACAUUAAACAUCCUCCAGGAAAAUACGGUAAUAUCAGAGUGACAGUAAAUAAUCCCAGGGUAAAUACGGUAAUAUCGGUGUUACAGCAAAUAUGGUAAUAUCGGUGUUACAGUAAAUACACUCUGGGUAAAAAAGGUUAUAUCGGAGUGACAGUAAACAUCCCAGGGGUAAAUACAGUUAUAUCAGUGUUACAAUAAAUACACUUGGGGUAAAUAUGGUAAUAUCGGUUUUACAGUAAACACUGCCAGAGUGAAUGUUGUACUAUCGCAUUACAGUGAAUAUUCCUGGGGUAAUUAGGGUAAUAUCGGUGUGACAGUAAAUAUUCCCAGGGUAAAUACAGUAAUAUUGAUGUUCCAGUAAAUACACCCAGUGCAAAUACGGUAAUAUCGGUGUUACAGUAAACACUCUUGGGGUAAAUACAAUGAUAAUGCAUGUGAUAAUAAACAGAUUGAGGAAUGAAUAUAAUAGUAAUCAAUGUCACAGUAAACACUGAGGUGUAAAUAUGGCAAUAAUUAGUGUUGAAGUAAGCAGCCUCUGAGGGGUAAGUAAUCAGUGCCAAUAAUAACCACUCUGUAGCUGUACGGCAAUAAAUAUCCUCUGGGAGUAAUUAAAUUAAUAUUGAGUAUUAUAGUAAAUACACUCUGAGGGCUAAAUCUGUUAAUAAACAAUUCUACAGUAAAUACCCUCUAAGAAUUAGCUACACUAAUAAUGAGUGCUCCAGCAAAUGCCUUCAGAGGAUUAAAUACAGUAAUAACGAGUAAACACUAAAGACUAAAUAUGAUGAUAUUCAGUGGCGUCUUAGAUGCCCUCUGAGGAAUAAUUAGGACAAAACAGAGCUGGGGUCAUCCCGCUCUUGAGAUAUAAUUGCAGUAAAGACCAACAGUCACUCUGACAGGCACAUCCAGGAAGCGUCUUCACCUUCAUAUGUAGCAUCUUCAUGGGGGAUCCAGCAAUAUUCCAGCACAAUCCUACAGAAUCUCACCCACCUCCCCUCUUCCUCCAGCUUCCCUUCGACCUUUCCUUUGUCUCCCAGUCACACUUCAUCACCCCUCUCUUCACUUGCUCAUUAUUAAUGAAUGGUCUACCAUUUGCAAGACUGUGGUCUCAGUCUUGGCUAACUGUGGUGGCCAGACAGAUUAACAAUUCCCUUCCUGCCUGACGAAUUGACCAGCAAUGGAACAAUGGUGUGCACUGAAUGGGACAGCGAGUUACAAGCAUGGUUAUAACUGACUUCCUCUGUCUAGACCCACAUGCAGAUAAAGAAUUCUCUCUUCACUGUUUUAUAUAGAAGAUUUUUUGAUCUUUUGUAUAUUGUCAUAAUUUGCUGUUGGGAUUACCAUGUACAAAGUUGCAUCCUUUGAAAUUAAUUGGAUUAAUUCACUUUGUGUUAUACUUUUGGUGUUAUAUACGUUUACAGAAAAAUCUAAUAAAUGUUUAUUGGUACCU